UCUCUCUCUCUCACACACACACACACACACACACACACACACACACACCUGGUUUCCUUUCAUUGCUUAUAACCUUCCUCCAUGAGAGAAGUCAAAGUAGAGCCCUUACUAUUCAAUGACUCCUUCCAUCAGAUGUACGGGUUCCUGCUUUUCUCCCUUUUUUCUCUGUUCAUCUACCCCACCUAGAAUGUAGGGAAGAAAAGCUAGGGAAUAAUAUCCUCCGGUAGAAAACAACUGUCCCCUUUGAAAAUAGAAGGGUACAGACCUUCAGGGAAUUCCAGUUGCUAUGGAUCAGUCAGUCAUCCCAACAGCUUCUGAAUUGUAUGGGGUAAGGGCCGGGGAUGCCUUCUGUUAACAGCAGUCAGGGCCCAUAUCCUGAGAAGCUUGGAUAAUGAAGUAGUACUCCCCACCCCCAUCCCCCCAUUUUCCCCAUUCUGAAGGGAAGGGUUCAAUACUUGCAGCAUUGCACCUCUUUUCUCCAGGGCCCCAGAGUUGUGAGUCCUACAUAUGCUUCAUCCUUGCCGCUAACAUGACCAACAGGUUCUCAACUGGUAAAAAUGAGGGGCUCAGACCUGAGGAUGUCUAAAGUUCCUACUGUUUACAAGCCCAUCUCCUAUCCUUUAGAGCUACAACCAUAGGGGAUCAGCCCUGGAGUCAGGAGAACCUGAGUUCAAAUUCAGCCUCUGAUACUUAACAUUUUCUAGCUGUGUGACCCUGGGCUACUCAGGGCCCCAGUUUGCCAAAAACAAAACAGAAUUGCUACCAUACAGCUGGUGUCAGAAGAGCAAGAGACUUUGGGGCUCUGUGUUUUCUAGCUAUGGUGCCUUUUGACAAGUCACUUUACCAGCUUAGUAAAAUAAAGGACUUGGACUAGACUAAGAGUUCCUAAUUUUGGUUAUUAAAAAAAUACUGGCUCUUUCUGGAUAAUCGAUUUCCUUUACAAUUCUGUGUAUUUAAAUUUAUUUUAAAACCUUGAUUUCCUUUACAAUUCUAAGCAUUUGAUUUUAUUUCUCUAAAAGCUUGUUUCUGAUUGCCAAAGGAGUAAAGGACACGAAUUAUCUCCAUUUUACUGAAAAGGAAACUGAGGCACGGAGAACUCGUGGGACUAGCCCGAGGUCAUGUGACCAGUCAGUGGCAGAGCUCCAACUGGAAUCUCGGGCCCUCUGCUCCCCGUUCCGCUGCCCUUACUUUUGGCUCUGGUCCUUUUCUCCUUCCUUGCACACUCACUCGCGCUGGCGCGCUCCCUGGGCUCGCCUUCCCCCACGCCUUCUCUCUGCCCACCCUCCGGCCGGAGCCUCUGACCCCGUGUCCUGCACGUCUGUCCGUCCUCAGGCCGCGCCGGGCCCUGAGCGCGCCCCGCCACCCGCCCGGCUGUCCAGGCCGGGGCAGGGAGCACGUGGCCCCCCGCCUGAUCCGGUCUCGGGGCAGGGGCGGGGGCGGGGGCUCCGGGAGGCCGCUCGCGGUGCGCAGCCCUUCGCUGUCCCCGGGCCAUUGUCCCCGGGGCGGGGCCGGCCCGAGCCACGCCGCCCCGAAGUGCUGAGCUGGGAAGAGCGCUGGGUGCUGAUGCAGAGGGCUGUCCCCCAAAGCGUGGAGGAGGCCGCCGGGGGCCCCGCCGUGGCCAUGGACGGCUACCCCAGCCCUGUGCCCGCCUUCCUAACCAAACUCUGGACGCUGGUGGGGGACCCCGAGACGAACCAUCUCAUCUGCUGGAGCCCCAAUGGAACCAGCUUCCACGUCCGCGAUCAGGGCCGCUUUGCCAAGGAAGUUCUGCCCAAAUACUUUAAACACAACAACAUGGCCAGUUUUGUGAGGCAGCUUAACAUGUACGGCUUCAGGAAGGUGGUGAGCAUUGAGCAGGGAGGCUUGGUGAAGCCCGACCGGGAUGACACCGAGUUCCAGCACCUCUGCUUCCUCCGAGGGCAUGAACACUUGCUGGAACACAUUAAGAGGAAGGUAUCAGUGCUGAGGAGUGAGGAGAGCCGGCUGCGCCAGGAGGACCUGAGCAGGCUGCUCUGCGAGGUUCAGCUGCUUCGGGGACAGCAGGACAGUGCUGAGGGCCAGCUCCAAGACCUCAGGCAGCAGAAUGAGGUCCUGUGGCGGGAGGUAGUGAGCCUCCGGCAGCAGCACCAUCAGCAACACAGAGUUAUCAACAAGUUGAUCCAAUGUCUCUUUGGCCCACUCCAGGCUGGGCCCAGCGGUGGGGCCACCAAAAGAAAACUGCCCCUGAUGCUGGAUGAAGGGAUGGCUACACACACUGGAGUCAAAGUCAGCAGGCCCUUGCCCAAGCUUCCCUUACAGGAUUCCUACUUUAUCCAGUCACCUUCCACAGAGCCAUCCUCCUGCCAAAACAGCCCCAGGGGACUGAAGGGACCCAUCAUUUCUGAUAUCUCUGAAGCCUCCCCCUCCCCCGAAGGCAUCAUGUCACCUUCCUCAGGCACUGGGAGGGAGAAGGGCCUGGUACUGCUCAAGGAAGAGCCAGCCAGCCCCGGGGGGAAAGGCACAGCUGGUCCAGGCGUUGGCCCAAACGACUAUGACUUCUACAUGACAGCCCCACCCGUGCUCCCUGUGGCUGUGGUGCAGUCCAUCCUGGAAGGCAAGGGGAACUGCAGCCCCGAGGGGCACAAGAGUGCCCAGCAGCCAGAGAGAAGGGGCCCGAGGGGGCCCCCAGACAGAGAAUUGGGGGAGCCCCUAGAUGUUGCAGACCUGAGUCUAGAGAGUUUACAGCUGUUGCUUCGGGGCCAGCCUGCCAGCUUAGAGCCCGAAGCGGGGCUGGAGGUGUUCAACCCGGGUCUCCCAGGGAGCGAGUGGAGUCUGCUAGAUAUGGAUGUGGGGCUGUCCCUGAUGCAGCAACUCCCCAAAGAUAUGGAGAAGAGUGAAACUGAGCUGUUAUCCAAAGAGAUGAAUCCCCCGGGGUCAGGAAAGGAGCCGGCAGCCUCCAGAAGCCCCCGGACGUUCCCGAUGGAAGCCCCCUCCGGUUUCGGAGCUCCGGCCCUCGGGGUCCCCGGUGCCUUGGCCCUUUAUGACCCUUCCCAGACCCUGGCCCAGAAUGGGACUCGAACCCCCUACCUGAGCCCGGGGGCUAGCCCCGACCCAUGAAGGGAGAGUUCGGGAGGGUAGGGCCAAUGGGGCGGGCCAGAGUGAUUCGAAGCCCUCCCCAUUCUGGGCCGCCAGGUUCGGGUUCCCGUCCCGCUCCCCCUUUCCCCAUCCCCGUCCCCGCAUUCCCACCCCUGGAGUUGCAAGGCUCCGGGCUCGGGUGAGAGAACACGCCAGGCAGUGAAUUGGGUGGAUCGCGCCCCAGAGUGCGCUGAGCGCCCCUGGCUGGAGACAGAGCCUUCCCCGAAGCCCAGGGUUCCGCCCAGCCGCCGGCCGGCUCGGCGGGGCCGGAGGGCGGGGCCCGGCCCGGAUUUCAUUGGUUCUGGGGGCCCGCCUCCACUCCGGCCCCUCCACGUGUCCCCCUUCCCCAGCUCCCCGACCGCUCCCCGGCCCUUCCCUGCACUUUGGUCCCCGGUUCCCGAGCAUCUCCCGAGUGCGGGUUACAAAUAAAAAAGCUGCAGUUUCUUUCCA